CUCCGUGACCGUCCCGAGCUCCAGGGCUCAAGCCCAAAAGGAGACAGCACCGGGGAAGUUCUGGAAUCGUUUCUGGGGGAAGAAGCUGCCAUGGAAGAGCCUGCAGCUCCCUCUGGUGCCCAGGGGGCAUCUGGGGCCCAGGCAGGGGCUGAGGCAGCAGGGGAGGGUGCAUCUGGGCCCAGCCUCCCUGAGGGUGAGACCUCGGGGGAAUCUGCGGCUCCAGACACAGCCCCUGCUCGCGCGGCCUUGGGCCUCGUCCCUCUCCGUGUGGCUCCCAGCCCAGCCCAUCUGCGUACCGUGGGCCUGAGGCACGUCCCGGCCGCAAGGGGAGGGGCCAGGCCCAGUCACCUGCCGAGCCGGAGCACUGGCAGCUGGACAAAGCAAGUCGUCUGCAGGUAUUAUCUGCAUGGGCUGUGCAAGGAGGGGGAGAACUGUCGCUACUCUCACGACCUGUCUGGCAGGCAGGUGGCCCGAGAGGGCCAUGGCGCACCGCCUCGGGCCUCUGCAGACAGAGGCCCCAGCAUGGCUGCGCACAGCCAGCCCCCGACUCAGGAAGUGGCGGAAGCCCCCCCUGCUGCAUCCUCAAGCCCCUUGCCUCUGAUUGGCUCGGCUGCUGAAAGGGGUCGCUUCGAAGCCGAGGCAGAAAGUGCUGGUCAAGGGGCUGUUGGAGGAGCAGGUGUAGAAGGCUGGGAAGAUGCCGUUGAGUUUGUUCCCGGGCAGCCCUACCGGGGCCGCAGGGUCGCUUCUGUCCCCGAGGCUCCUCUACAGAGCUCGGCGACUGAGAGAGAGCAGAUGGCUGUGGGCAUGGGGCAGCAGAUGGCUGUGGGCAUGGGGAUGCAACUUUGCCCUCACGCUGCCAGGGGACAGUGCUUUCGUGGGGAGAGCUGUAUGUACCUCCACGGAGAGAUAUGUGACAUGUGUGGGCUACAGGCCUUGCACCCCUUGGAUGCCGCUCAGAGGGCAGACCAUAGAAAGGCCUGCGUCGAAGCACACGAGAAAGAUAUGGAGCUCUCGUUUGCCGUGCAGCGCAGUAUGGAUAAGGUGUGUGGCAUCUGCAUGGAGGUUGUCUAUGACAAAGUCAACCCCAGCGACCGCCGCUUUGGCAUCCUUUCCAACUGCAACCACCCCUUCUGUCUUAAGUGUAUCCGUAGGUGGAGACGUGCCAGACACUUUGAGAACAGGAUCGUCAAGUCCUGCCCACAGUGCAGAGUCACCUCCAACUUUGUCAUUCCCAGUGAGUUCUGGGUGGAGGAGGAGGAAGAGAAGCAGAAACUUAUUCAGCAGUACAAGGAGGCAUUGAGCAACAAGCCUUGCAGAUAUUUUGCCGAAGGCAGGGGCCACUGCCCGUUUGGAGAGCACUGCUUUUACAAGCAUUCAUACCCUGAGGGCCAGGGAGAGGAGCCUCAGGGGCGGGGUGGUGGACCGUCCGCCGCAUACUGGCAUCAACUUUUGCAGCCUGUGCAGAUGGGAGAGGGCAGCCUGCUCUUUAAAAGCAGUAAAAAGGAGCUUGUCACGCUUCGGCUGGCCAGUCUGUUGUUUAAGCGAUUUCUUUCACUGAGAAACGAGUUCCCCUUCUCUGAGGAGCAGUGGGACUUGCUUCAUUAUCAGCUGGAAGAGUAUUUCAACUUGAAUCUGUAGUAUCCUGCCACACUCUGAUCAAGUCUGCUGAGGCUUUGUCGUCUGCUGUUGGCUGUUUUCCCUUUACUGACAUGCCUGUCACUUUCAGGGCCUGUGGUGGCGACUUUUAUGCAGUGUUUCUCUGUUUUCUUGUCUAUGCCCCUAAUCUUUCCCCUAGGGUAAUGGUGGUUUCAUGUGUUAAAAAAUAGUAAAGAAUCCUUAAAGUUAUUGUUUGGUGGAGUUAAUAUGACUGUUGCUUUGUGGGGUUUUUGUCAUGUCUUUCAACAAAGUUCACUCAGUUCUAGUCUAGUGUUUACAGAAUUUCUACACUCAUUUCGAAGUCCCUCAAGAAUAAAUGUGACAGGGUGAAAGGGAAGGUCUUAACUACAAGCUUUUUGCUACAGUAGCCUUAAGAAGUGGACACUUGCAGGGCCUUGCUUGUUUUUGUUUGUUUACAUCUCUGCUCCUUCUGGCAUCUUUUCAAGUGCACUUGUUAACUUGUGGUUACUUUGUGAUUUCGUGUUUUACUUGAACAAAACCAGGUGCAAAUGUUUACAUGUUUUUAUCCUGUUAAACUUGACGUGAAGUUAUUUUAUUUAUAUUUGGAAGUAUGUGCUUAAAAGUGAUAUAUAUGCAUAUUUGUGUAUAUUAACUCUGUAUUGGAAAAUUUAUAUAAAGUAUACAUCGUGAUGUAUAUGUUUGCAUAAUAAAAUAAAUGCAGAGAUGAAAGCCUGAGGUCAAGGGAUAGCAGGAUUGGCUGCUGUGUGAAUAAUCUUUCCCUUGCACAGAUGUCACUUUUUAACAUCUAAUGAAAACUGUUGUUCAAGUGUUAUGGCCAAGUGUAACAGGCACAAGUCUUAAAGGAUAUAUGAAACAUGACAUUGGUAAUUCCUAUGACCUCACUGUGCUGUUAUAAAUACAGAAAUGUGUACUUCCAUGCAGCAGAGCCAACAGCUCAUUCAUUAUAACAUCAAAUCCUGAGCUCAGACAUAGUUGUUCGUUUUCAUUUUUUAAAAAAUAU